AUGCCUGUUGUUAGUCAAUAUCCGAUAUCAAUUAAUAAUCCUAAUCAGAAAAUUUUUAGUAUAAGGAUUCGCCAAAUUCCUGCACUUGCUUUCCUUCUUUCAAAUGAAAUUCCUGGUGCCUUCAAUGAGUUAAAAGGCCAUAUUCCAGUGGAAGCGAAUUCAAUUGUUAAAUGGUUUGAAGAGACCUAUAUUUGCCGCCAAGUAAGACGAGUAUCCAGAAAUAGAGAUAUAUCUUGGAGAGAACUAUUAUUUCCGCCUUCUUUCUGGUCAGUUUACGAAAAUAAUGAAUAUGAUUUUUUUAGAACAAAUAAUUCUGUCGAGGCCUGGUAUAGAAGACCUACUCAAGGAAGACUGAAUAAUGCGCAUGAAUUACGAAUUAGAACAGUCUUAGAUGAUCGCGGUAGUAGACUAUUAAUGACCUUUUUGAAGAGAAUUGCUCACAAUCUUUCAUUAUAA